UGUAACUCGUUCCAAACUAACAUUCUUCUUUUUUUCCUUCGGAUUCAAUUAAUUCUUCUGAAUUGCUCAGAAAUAUAAUUUACAGCUUCCCUAACAGCUUUCCUUUUCAUUCAUCGUUUCGAUCUUCCGUUAACUCCACCUAAUCUUAAUUCUUCCCUCUUCAUUAUCCUUGCAAAUUGAAACAAGAAUAAUUAGAGAUAAUCGACACGUUUCCUUCGAAGCUUAUUAUUAGACUUCUAUUUUAAAAUCUCGCCGAGUAUUUACACGAUGCAAUCUUUUAAAUAAUUGCUUCCAUACAAGCUGUGUUAUAUUGUAACUAGCUGAUCGUAAUCGUUCGCAAAAGCUGAAACCGGUAAAAGCGCCCGUUUGCGUUAAGUUCAUUUGCAUUAUUAAUGGUCGGAUAACAUGUGGCUGGUGUCGCAAUGCUUGUCACCUCUUUGUAACGUUACAAAAUUUAUCUUCGAUCAACGAGAUGAUCCUCGAUACCAUCCAGAACAAUUUACAAUGUUUUCUCAAUUAGCCAAGCUAGCAUCUUUUUUUAUAAAUUAAAAUUUGAAGCAUUCCCAAGCUGAUCGACCUUUGACCCCUGUUCGCUUUAAUUACCGAACUGUCUCUUCAAUAGAUCUUCAUGAUCUUGUUACCAAAGCUGUAUGAAAAGGAAAUGAUAGUCUGCUUCAUUCUUCUAUUCAAUUAACUUACUAUUGAUUGUAUUCAAUUAGAUUCGACGUAGAUAAUAAGAUAGGAACGAUGUGGCGAGGACCACUGUGCAAUCGGCCUUGAAUGGCCAAUUAAUUUUCGGAUGGUCUAUAGCAUUAGCCUCUAUUAACACGUUCCUAUCUACUAUCUCAAAGUACUAGGAAUAUGUGCUAGCAUUUUGACAGUACAAGACUGAAAGAGGAAAGUCGGAAAGAAUCCGGUCUAGCCAAGUUCAUCUGUGUAUUUUAAGAAGAAUACCGUCUGAAGAUACCAAGAAAAAAGUAUUUACAAUCCAGACAUUUCUUCACUCAUCAGGAAGAUAUUUUCUUCGUUGCAUUAUUUCAAGCUAAUUUAAAUAAUCUCAUAAACUGUAUCAUCCAAAAUGACAUAAAGUUUUAAAACAUCUUGGGAUAGUUGCAAAAUUCCAAUCAGGAUUAAGAAGCAAAGGCUGUAAAAUUCUUUAGAGAUAAAGUCAGAGACAAACGUGUGGAUUCUUUCUUUUCGAUAAGGAGGCAAGAGAGAAGGUUUUCUCAUAGUGUACGGGUCAGUAAUUUGAUUCAUCGACGCACAGUAUAGGUCCGAGGACCUAUCCCUGGCAAGAAAUCAUUAUCUCCGUCGAGACGGAUUCGACGACAGGAAGAAAUUCCUUUAGGAGCGUAUCCCCGAGCAGAAGGACCACGGGGAUUCGAAGACGUAAACGAAGAAGAAUAAGAGAAAUCAAGGAAAAAUGGCAUACGACGAUGUUAUCCUACGUAUGGGAGAGUUUGGCCGGUAUCAACGAAGGAUCUACCUUAUGCUCUGCCUUCCAGCGAUAUCCUGCGCUUUUCACAAGGUUGCAGGUGUCUUUCUAGGCGCGAAAAUGAACACUAGAUGCGUGUUACCGUACGAGAGCAUAGAAAACGCAACGUAUUGUUUAUCUCAGUAUAUAAUGAACGCAAGCUAUCCAUGGGACAAUAAGAUAAACGGAUGGUCGCAGUGUUACAGAUACGAAGUACCUAGUAACGUGAACGACACAAUGUUCAAUAGGUAUCUCGACAACAUUCUCGUCCAGGAUGAUCUCAACCCUCAACGGAUCAUGCCAUGCGAAGGAUACGUCUACGACAGAAGAAAAUAUAAAAGUACCACUACUUCUGAGUGGAACUUGAUUUGUGACAAGGCAUGGAUGAGAGCUACGGGGGACGCUUUGUUCAUGGUAGGAGUCAUGCUUGGCUCGAUGAUUUUCGGUGGUUUGUCCGAUAAGUUUGGACGUAGACCAAUUUUCUUCCUGUCUUUAGUCAUACAGCUGGUCGGUGGUAUACUAGUCGCAGUUUCACCCGAGUUUAUAUCAUACGUUAUCUUCAGAUUGAUUGUCGGUUCAACUACAAGCGGUGUAUUUCUGGUCGCUUAUGUUAUAGCCCUCGAAAUGGUAGGUCCUAAGAAGCGUUUGGUAGCUGGAGUAGGUUGCCAAUUGUUUUUCACGACCGGCUACAUCCUCACCGCUGCUUUCGCGUAUUUUAUAACUGACUGGAGAAUGCUACAAGUGGCAAUCACUAUACCGAGCAUAGCGUUCCUCCUUUACUGGUGGUUUAUCCCUGAAUCUGCUCGUUGGUUGUUAACGAAGGGUCGCACGCAAGAAGCAAAAGAUAUCCUUCAACGUGCCUCCCUAGAAAAUGGCGUAGAGAUGCCCAGCGAAGUUUUGGAUACGCUUCUUAACAACAACAGCGAGGACACAGCACCAGAUUAUAGAAAGCCAUCGUUGUUCGAUCUUUUCCGCUAUCCAAAUUUGAGACGAAAAAGUAUUCUAUUAUUUUUCAAUUGGCUUGUAAAUAGCGGUACGUACUAUGGAUUAUCCUGGCACGUAUCCAAUCUUGAUGGAAACGACUAUGUUAAUUUCGUUAUUUCCGGUUUGGUAGAAAUACCUGCGUACACAUUUUUAAUUUUCACCCUAAAUCGUUGGGGUAGAAAAAUCAUUUUGUGCGGCUGUAUGUUAGUAUCUGGAGUAGCGUUGCUCGGCAUUUUAUUAGUACCUGCUGACGCUCCAUGGAUGGUGGUGUGUCUAGCAAUGAUCGGUAAACUCACAAUUACAUCGUCUUAUGGUGCUAUUUACGUCUUUACUGCCGAACAAUUUCCCACGGUUAUUCGAAAUGUCGGUCUUGGAGCGAGUUCUACUUUCGCUCGAAUCGGUGGCGUUAUUGCUCCAUAUGUGAUUCAUUUGUCUGAAAUUUGGAUGCCUCUGCCUUUUGUUAUUUUCGGAUCAUGCGUGCUCUCCGGUGGAAUACUGUCGUUACUACUUCCAGAAACAUUGAACAAGAAACUUCCAGAAUCCAUACAGGAUGGUGAAUUAUUUGGAAAAAAAAUUUCCAAGAAGAAGAAGAAACAUCAAUUAGAUAUGGAUCAGCCUAAUUCAAUUGAUGUAAUUAAACCAUUGAAACCACAAGAGAAUGGUGUUAACGAGAAGCAAAAUGGAUGACGUUAAUUUCUAAAAAAGAAUCUCGGCUAUGCUCAAACAUAUACUUGAAUCAUGUCUAAUUGUACAUUAGGCACUCUUCUAUACACUUUUUACGUGUAUGAAUCUUAAGAGUGCUAAUUGCAAGAUUGCAAUACCAAAAAAAAGUACAUUGAACUUCGAAGUUGUGUAACUAAUGUAGAUUGCUUCUAAUUGAACAAAACCUGUAAAACAAUCAGGGGACUAUGGGGUACUCUGUACUUUCGUCUUGUCUUAAAACGCAAUGAAAAUAAGAAGGUAGUGUUUGCCUUCUGUUUAUACAGGUACAGAGCACACAGCCUUUGUAAUUAAUAGCACAUAAAAGUUCUGCCAGCAAACAUAUCAUUUACUCUAAUUUCUGAAUGUAUCUACGUGUUAAGUGCCCUUGAAAUAUAAACAUGUGAAAGUUUCUUUGGAAAGUUCAUGCGGAAAGUAAUUAUGUUAAGGCGCGUCGGAUACAGAUAAAAAAAUAUAAAGACUUUGACAUUUUA